AUGUCAAUAACCACCUUCCCCCCCGAACUCCUCAUUCACAUCUUCUCUUUCCUCCCCUGGCAAGACCACCUAACGGCUUGUGAAGUUAACUCCCUCUGGUCUACUCUCAUCCUCUCUAACCCCACAAAACCUCUUCGGUACACCCCAGCCACACCCCUCUACCCUCAAAUCCACAACCUCUUCCUCUCAAUCGGUCUUGAAUGCACAAUCAACAUCUUCACUGGUCAAGUCUCUAAGAUAAUCUUUUUAAGAAACGAAACCGAAGGAUGUUUAAAAAAUGAUCAAGACCGUGCAAAAGCAACUAUUGACCUAACGGAUUCUCAAAUCCUUAAGGAAGGACUUUUGAAUUUUCAGGGGUGGAGGUAUGAACGUGAUAUCAGACAGAAGGACUGGAGGAUGGGGGUUUGCAUUAUGUGGAAUCAAUUGGGUUAUGAAUAUGGUGGCCAGAAGGAUCGGCAGAUAUACCGUCAGGAUUGGUUUAGUUUUGUAGGAAAAGGUGAUGAAGACGAUGGUGACGUCGACGGCAAAGAAGAAGAAGAAGAAGAGAAAGAUUUGGAAAGUGAUAUUCUUCGUGGAGAAGUGGAUUUAGAUAUUUCUGUUGGGGGUUUUAUUGAAGUUCUUGGAAAGCAUGUAUUGAAAUUUGAUGCUUUAAAGAUUGCGGGAAAGCAGGAUAUGAGGUUGAGGUUGGGGAUGUAUGAUAGAAUGGGGAUUGUGUUCAUUAGGAAGGUUCAUGAGGUUUCGAAGAUUUUUGAUCUUGCGGUGGACCCGCUUGAUGGGAUGUUUGUGGAUAAGGAUCGGACUUGGAUUAAUGAAUGA